UAUGUGUGUAAAUGUGUAUAUGUAUGUGUGUGUGGUGUUUUUUGCGCAGCUGCUGGUUAGUGUGAGUUUUUUUUUUACUGCUCUUUAUUCCUUUUAUUCUGAAACACAGCGGCCAGUCAGUCCCGAGACUCCCGCAUGAGGAGCUGAUGGAAAACGCGCGCGAGCUGGCGGAUGAGCGUUCGGAGCGGAGGCGGAGGGAUUCGUUCGGUGUCUCUGAAGGCUGUGAGAGCUGCAGUGAGGAGUCCAGCAGUAGCUGUAGUUCAGAUGACAGUGAUGAGGAUUCAUCGCCACUGCCCACCACCCUGCCCAUUAUACACACCAACGGACAGGUCUAUACAUACCCCGAUGGUAAAGCAGGCAUGGCAACAUGUGAGAUGUGUGGGAUGGUGGGUGUCCGAGACGCUUUCUACUCCAAAACCAAGCGGUUCUGCAGCGUGUCCUGCUCACGGAGCUACUCUUCCAACUCUAAGAAAGCCAGCAUUAUGGCCCGACUGCAGGGUAAGCCUCCAACGAAAAAGGCCAAGGUAUUGCAGAAGCAGCCGCUAAUGGCUAAGCUAGCUGCAUACACUCAGAACCAGAAUAAUCAGCAGAACCAGGUGAAAACUAAAGCAGCUCUUCCAGUGGACAGUUUUGACUGGGGAAACUACAUUGGCAGUGGAGACAUGAUGGGGGCGCCAGUGAGCUGCUUUAAACAUGUUCCAAUGGGAAACUCCUGGGAAGACAUCAAGGAGGGCAUCAGGGUGGAGGUGCUGAACUCUGACAGCAAUUUACCCAUGAAAGUUUACUGGAUUGCCAGCAUCGUCAAACUGGCAGGUUUUAAGGCUUUGUUGCGGUAUGAAGGCUUCGACGGUGACUCUGGGCAGGAUUUCUGGUGUAACCUGUGUGUUCCAGAUAUCCACCCGGUGGGCUGGUGUGCUUCUGGAGGGAAACCUCUUGUUCCACCCAAAUCAAUUCAGCACAAAGUGACGAACUGGAAGGGGUUCCUGGUUAAACGACUCACCGGAUCCAAAACACUGCCAGCCGACUUUUCCUUCAAGGUCCAGGAAAGUAUGCAGUUUCCCUUUAAGAAGCUGAUGCGAGUGGAGGUGGUGGAUAAGGCUCAUCUGUGUCGGACGCGGGUGGCUCUGGUUCAGCAGGUGAUCGGGGGACGUCUUCGACUCGUCUAUGAGGAAAGCCAUGAUGGAUCAGACGACUUCUGGUGUCACAUGUACAGCCCCCUCAUCCACAGUAUCGGCUGGUCCCGCAGCAUCGGACACCGCUUCAAACGCUCCGAUGUGACGAAGAAGAUGGACGGUCUGAUGGACGCUCCAGGACGGCUGUUUGCUAAGGUGAAAGAUGUGGAUCAGAGUGGAGAGUGGUUUAAGGAUGGGAUGAAGCUGGAGGCCAUCGAUCCCCUCAAUCUCUCAACCAUUUGUGUUGCCACGGUCAGAAAGGUUUUGGCGGAUGGUUACCUCAUGAUUGGGAUCGAUGGCUCGGAGGCAGCGGAUGGUUCAGACUGGAUCUGCUACCACAGCACCUCUCCCUCCAUCUUCCCUGCUGGUUUCUGUGAAAUCAACAGCAUUGAGCUCACUCCGCCCCGUGGCUACACUAAACUCCCGUACAGAUGGUUUGACUACCUCAGGGACACCAGUUCAGUGGCAGCUCCAGUGAAGCUCUUUAACAAGGACGUCCCCAACCACGGCUUUGUUCCUGGAAUGAAGCUGGAGGCAGUGGACCUCAUGGAGCCUCGGCUGGUGUGUGUUGCCACGGUGACCCGGAUCGUGCACAGGUUACUGCGGAUCCAUUUUGACGGCUGGGAGGAUGAAUAUGAUCAGUGGGUCGACUGUGAGUCGCCAGACCUUUACCCUGUGGGCUGGUGCCAACUGACCGGGUACCAGCUACAGCCGCCCGCCAUGCAGGCAUCGCGGGAGCUCUCUUCAGGCGUUACAAAGCAGAGGAAGAAGUCCCAGCAGUAUAAAGGGCAAAAGAAAAAAAGGAAGAUUCCCAUCGGUAAGCGGCCGGUGGCCCUGUGUGUGACGGGGCUUCCUCAAGGGAACCUUUGUGGAGAUGAGAAUAUGACUCCACCCCAUUAUUCAUCAGCAACCUCUCCUUCAUCCGGCCCCACAAACACUCCUCUCAGCUCUGCUGAUAGAGACUCCACCCCCAACCACACACCAGUUGCUGCUGUUCAGCUAAAGGAUGAAAGUGCUAAAGCAGAUGAUUUUCCCUUCCGGCAGAGCUCCUCGGCACUGGACUCCAGCAGUCCAGACGGGUUCUUCAUCAAACAGGAACCGUGAGACUCUCACAAAACUUUACACAGCUGAUCAGCAGAACCACAAAACGCACAUCCCAGAUAUCAGUUCUAUAGCCUGCGUCUCCAGUUCCAGCCCAAACAGACUUUCCCCAAACAGAUUAUUACCAUGUUAUCUGUAACUCAUAAAUUAUCCUCAAGUUCUCUGUGCACAAUUCAAAAUAUUUCUUAAAACAGUCAAAUAACUUAGUUUAAAUAGAGACUCAUCACAUAAUUUUUAUUGAAAUAUAAAAAAUCCAGAUCUGACUAUAAAUAAGUACUAACAUUGGAUCAAGUCAAAUCAAAUGGGCACUAAUAGUGUUUAAGUUUUUAACAGCUAAUAAUUUGUUCUCAAAUAGACGAGCAGCUAAAUUAAACAUUUGUAUAUAUUCUGAUAUAUGAUAUAUGUUCAGAUAGUGACACAAUUGUUUAUGUAACAUUUACAUAAAGCUUUUCCAUUUGCAAUAAUAUCAUUCAAAAUAUUCAGUUUAUUCAAGUAUGUUUCAAGAUAUUAAAGGUUCAGUUUGGUAAAAAUCAUAUAAACAUAAUGUUUGGUAUCAGACAUGCUUCUUUAUUUACUUAAAGAAAUUGAAUAAAAAUAAACUAACAUUAUAUUAUUAUUUAAACAUUUAUCCCAAAAUUGGAAUAAAACUGCGUACUGUGCUGAGGCAAAAGUGAUUCCGUUGUUUUCCACUGUUCAGCUCUGUGGAGACAAACUAUUUUUGGAUUUAUAGAUUAAAUACCAAUUUUAAAACCAUUUUUUUUUCUGAGAUUGUUGCGGAAAAUAUGUUAAGAUGUUUUUAAUUUGUGUUUAUGAAGAUAAGAUUGGUAGGUCUGUCACAAAGAUUACAUUAUUGAUUUAUUGUACAAUAAAUGGACAUGAACUCAAUAGGUUUUUUGAUAAUGAUAUCAUGUGUUUUUAUAUAUAGAUAAACUACCAAUAUUUUAGCCAGCUGUGCAAUGAAAGAUGCAUUAGUGACGCUAUAACAAUGCCUGGGUAAGAGAAAAAGUAUACCUCAUCCAAAAUAUUUCUACCAUAAUUAACCGUUCACACAAAAACUGAAAUAUUAUGCUGUUGUAUCAUUAUAUCCAUGAAAUUAAAAUGGCAAUAAUAUUGUCUAGUGAUGAUUAGAAACUCAUCUGACAAAAAGUCAGAUACCAAACAUGUCUUUGCUGAUUAAAUGCGCUAAACUCUUCCUUUAAUGCAGACAUUUAUAAUUUUUUGUUUCAGUAUUUCUUGAAACAGCCCUUAAUAUCUGUCAGAAUAUGAGUUUCAAUGGAUAAAAUUACUUAAAAUAAGGUUAAUAUUCAGAAACAAGUGAUUACUAAUAUAAUAUGUUUACAACAAUCUUUUAAUAAGAAACAUCAGACCUAUAUGUCACUCACAGAGAUGUGAUUUUUGCGGUGUUGUGUUUGUUUUAUUCACUCCAUAUUUUUUUUUUGUUUUUUUAUAUAUAUAUAUAUAUAUAUAUAUAAAGGUUUAAAGCAGGUAAUCCAGCAUGUCUGAGCUAGGUGUGUUUUUUUCUUUUUCUUAAAAGCUUAGUUCAGGACAAAAAUCUGUUCACAGCUGGAAAACAGCAGACAGUUCUCAGAAGAUACGUUUUAUUAUGUACGGGUAAAUAGCAUCGAUCAAGAUUUCAGAGUAGCCUAUUUUAGCUUCACUUUCAUUCUGGGCAGACAGAAAGAACAUAACCACAAUCAAGAUGAUCAUUUAUUAUUUUAAUUUGUGCUAAUAACUAUGAAAUGAUAUAUUGGAAAGUGAAAUCAUCUUUUAACCUGUUUAUAUAUCUAAUUUUAUAUCUGAAGAUUGUAUUAAACCACACAGUUUCACUGGUUUUACUCCAAAUGUAGUUUGUUGUCUGAAGAUGUUUCUGUUUCUUUAGAUAGAGCUAGAAGUGAUAUUAACCCUGAUUGCAGUAACUAAACAACCUCACUCUAUUUAAAGAGCAUUUGUGAUGAUUUAGACAUGCAGGAGCUCCAUUCUAACUGAUGCUAAUUUGGAUGUUAUAUUGCUUGUUGGCUAUCCUCAUAGCUGCAGUGUAAAUUAAACGCCUCUAAAACAACCAGGUAAGUGGCAGACAUGUUUCUCAUUAUGAGAUUUUUCAAAAUUUUUCAUUUUGCAGUUUCCAUCAUCACAUCUACAAUAAAUAACUAGUCUAAAAAUACUGUAAAUCAUUUGCGCUCUACUGAUUCCAACAGUGUUCAGUAGUCUGUGUUCAGCUUGUAUAGCAGUAAAGAUUUACCUGAAGAGACCACUUCAGUUUCUAAAUCACUUUCUCUAAUUUUGCUGUUUGUAGGUAGAUGUUUGAGUAAAAUUAACAUUGUUGUUUUAUUCUAUAAACUACGGACAACAUUUUUCCGAAAUUACUAAUAAAAAUAGUGUUUUUUAGAGCAUUUAAUUGCAGAAAAUGAGAAAUGUCUGAAAUAACAAAAAAGAUGCAGAGCUUUCAGACCUCAAAUAAUAUAAGUUCAGAAAUCAAUAUUUUUUGGAAUAACCCUGAUUUUCAUGUUCUUCUUCUCCAGUCUUACACACUGCUUUUGAUUAACUUUAUGCCACUCCUAUUGCAAAAAUUCAACCAGUUCAGCUUGUUUUCAUAGCUUGUGAUCAUCCAUCUUCCUCUUGUUUAUAUUCCAGAGGUUUUCAAUUUGGUAAAAUCAAAAAACAAUCUUUAAGUGGUCUCUUUUUUUUUUUCCAGAGCUGUAUAUAUCUAAAUAGCUCGCAAAACAAGUGAAUACACCUCACAGUGAACAUGUCUAAAAAUGUGCCCAAUUGUGUCGUUGUCCCACUCUGACUCAGUAGUGUCACAAAGUCUUGGGUGUGUAUGGUGAGCAGGGCUGUUAAAUUUGGUGUGUUGAGUACAAUGCUCUCAAACUGGCAUAGGUAUUUAACAUGGCACUUCAUGGCAAAGAACUCUCGGAUGAUGUGAGAAAUAGAAUGGCUGUGUGUUGAGUUAUUUUCAGAGAAGAGUACAUCUAUACUGCUAUACAAGUUGAACACUGUAUAGUGUAAGUUAUAUCCAAGUUUAAUUUCUAUAGUGUUAUCCCAUGAAAAAAUAUAACAGCAUAUUUGUAGAAAUGUAAGCGGUGUACUCACUUACUGUAAUUUGGCUUAAUGCUUAAAGGAAGCAAACAUGUCUGUCCAUCUGGAGUAAGAUCAUGUUAAACAUGAUACAAUAUGCAGUUUCAUAACAAGAAAUACAAAGGUAUAUUUACUUACUUUAAGAUGAUUUUAGUUUCCCACAGAAUUAAGAGUCAGAUCUGUAGCUGAACUAACAAAAUGCUUAAAUAAAAGAAACUUUUCAGGCUUUGUGCGCAAGUAUUAUGUCUAACUAUGUAUAAGUUCAUUAUUUAGUGCAUUUCAUCAUAUAUCCUGUAUCUUUGUAAAAUAUAUAUAGCAUUUUAUAACAUUUUUAUUGUCUAAAUAGUAAAUAUAUAUCAGGCUGUGUAUUGUUUAACUCUUGAUUGGCCUUUUUCUAACAGAUGAUCUACAGAUUCAUAAACACACACCCACAGUAUAACCACCUGCACACAGAUAAUAACAUAAACAGAUUUAACAGAGUUUUAUUUAAGAGCUGUAGACAUAUUUAUACUGCCUAAAGUACAGAGGUAUGUGUACUUUAUGUGCAUACACUCACCUUUAUAUGUCACAGUUGUUAACACACUGCCGCUCAGGAAACACAGUGCUUUCGGCUGGUUAGUUGCCACUGGUUAAAGAAGGUGUGUUUAGAUGUGAAUCUGAGUUUGUAGCUGAGUUUGGUGCCCAGACUGAAUCGUUUAGGAUUCAAAUUGUAAGCGUGUCAUUUGUUAUGUCUUUGAUGAAGUGUGUGUGUCUGUUUGUGUUAUUUCUACGAGGGAUUACUUCUAUUAUUAAACCCUCAAUUUUAACAAUAAGGUUUAAAUUUUAACAGUGAUUUUAGCCAGCUGAUUAUUUCCUCCUUGUUUUCUGUAAUGAUCCUAGUUUUGUGCUGAGUGUUAGUACCACGUUUAUCUUCACAAUGUCUGACAUUUUAAUUGAAAAAAAAAAAAAUGUUUUUAUUUCUGUUUCUAAUUGUGCUUACAAGACCAAAACAUGGAGGAAAACUGCAAAUUGUAGUUAUGGCUCGACUGUUUUAAGGCUAACGCCAGCAAUCUAUUUUUUAUCAUUUUUAUUAUCUGCUAACUGAUUAAUCCAGCAAAAUAUUUCAACCUUCCUUUCACUUAGUCAAAGAGCCAAUACCUGUUUGGUAUCUGAGAUGUGCUUCUUUAGUUUAUUGUAACUGUACAUACAUUAUCACAGUUGCUCUUUUAGCUACAGUGUAUAGUAGUUCCAGUGCUGAAACUACAGAUGCAGAUGUCAGACACUAAACAUGUAUUUUCUGUUCAGCUACAUUUCGAGUUUGAAGAAGAAAAAGUGUGAGUUAUAUUUUUUUACCACACGAUUCUACUGAGAAGGGAAAAAUUUACUUGGGAUUUUACAUGGGUGAACAAAAAAUCCUGCUUGUAAAAUGACUCGAGAUGUAUUUGGGGAGGGGAAGGUCACCGGAGAUUUUUUAUUCAUAUUAAUUAUCAUGGGGAUAAUUAUUACAAGAUAAUUAAUUAAAUUAAAAAAUCUCCAAAAGGCACCAAAAUUUUUUUUUUCUUUUUUACUGUAUUUUUCCCACUAUAAGAUGCACCGGAUUAUAAAGUGCAUUAUGCGACUCUAGGAAGGUGUUGUUCUUUUACAUUUGCAGGUAAAGCUAAGCUAAGUAAACUGUAAUUUUAUCAUCGAGCACUGGAUGUUAAUCUAAACAAAUUUCUCUCCUGAAAUUUAUUUAUAGUAAGCUUAGAUUUCCAGAUUUACACUAAGGUUGGUGUAAGGCGCUAGUAAAUGCUGCCCAACAGCACUAAUCUGAGGAAUCCUGAGUUAGGGUGACCAUAAUUUCAUUUAGGUUAACCAGGACACCUGGAGAGAUACGUUUAAAAAUCCUCAGCGUCCUGUCAUUACUUUCCCGCUGCGCUCCCUCUAGUGCAGCGGCCCUAUGCGUCGCAUAGGCUGCAUAACCCCUUUUUGCACCACUGUGGUCCAAUGAAGGUAAUUUAAAAACCAGGACUUUUCCUCACUUAAAAAAAAACAAAAAACGGGACAGGACGUGAAAUACGGACAUGUCCCGGGAAAUACGGACGUUUGGUCACCCUACCCGAGUGUUCUGGUAAGCCAGGGCGAUAUUAGCUAGCAGUUCGUUAUGUGUAGCUUGUUUUAACACAAUAAAUGCACAGGCUUAAGUCCAAUAUACUCACCUCUAAACGUCAAUAGAGGCCGUGCUUAGUGGCUAAUACUGCUCCAGCAGCUCUAUCCAGGGUUAGCAGCAGGCUACAGGCCAAUUACACUCACCUCUGAACGGCCAAAGAGCUAGCGCUUAGCACAGUUAACGGCUAAUGCUAAUACUGCUGCAGCCCUGGAGUGGCUUUACUGCUUUUUACAACCUGACUGGUUGUAAGGUACGCUGGAUUAAAAGGCGCAUUGACGAAUUUUGGGAAAAUUAGAGGAUUUUAACUGCGCCUUACAGUGUGAAAAAUAUGGUCCCAAAAGUAAAGCGCUGGCUAGCAGAUGAGAGUGCUAUUUGAAACGUUUUAAAACGAUGAAGAGAGGACUGCACUGACAAAUUUAAGGUAUUUGUUCUUAUUAAAAAGGAGCGACUGCAUGUGCUAUUUCAUGUGCUAUUCCAGACUCUAGUUCAUCUGUGUAAUCCUUCCUUUGGUUUAGUUCAGUUCAGCUUUAAAACCGUUUGAAAUGCACCCUGAUAUGAUAUGAUAUAAUAAUGUCUGGUAGUAAGCACUGAAAACAUGUGGUGUUGUUUUUUAGUAUUAAAUUGAUAUAUGGAUAAUAAAUAGCAAAUUGUUUCUAUUUACAGGCCAGAGUGGGUAAUUACUGGAUUUUCCCCCUUCACAUUUUCUCUCUGGGUAAUUAUUAUCAUAAUAAUAACAUCAUUAUUGUAAGUCGCUUUGGACAAAAGCACCUGCCAAAUGUAAUGUAACAUAUUAAUUAAUUUAAGACUCAGAUGACUCAGAUGACCUUUCCACCUCCCAAAAAUAUCUUGAGUUAAGUCAUUUUUUAAGGAUUUUUUUAAAUGUAAUCCCCCCCCCCCAUGUUCUUUCAGUAAAACUGCAGAAUUAAACACACUGGUUGCACUGUUCAAAAAAAGCACUCUGUGUGUGUUCAGCUAAACCAUUCACUUUAUUGGAUUUUUUUUUCCCCCCUAUCAAACAGCCCAAAGCGAUGGGCAGCUGUGUAUGUGUGCAAUUGUAUGCGUGUGUAAUGUUUUAGUUGUUCUUGUGAAAAGCCCAUCACACUGUACUCUGGUGCUAAUUGUAUUUGAUAUUUCUUGUGUAACAAAACGGAAAAGAGUUAGAGUGACUUUUCUGAAACUGUGAUCAUGGUGGAGAAACUAGUUUCUCUUCUGUGUAUUCUUGUAUUUGCGAUAUGAUAUGGAGUGAUUUCUAAGACUAAUUUAAAACAUUGUCUUUUUUUCUGCAUGGCACUUACCAAGAGGACAGCAUUUUUACAUUUUUAGUGUUGAAAUAUAUUUUUAUUUUCUUGCCUUCAAAUGAUUAAUGUGCUGUCAACAUGAGGUUUACUAAGCUAUAAGAAAAAUGUAUAAAACUAUAUAAAUAUACAUAUAUAUGUAUAUAUGUUUGGGAAGAUAAAUAUGAAUGUCAGUUUUUUUUUAAUAAAUCUUACAUUUUU